CCCAUCCCCCGGAUCCUCAACAGUUAUCCGCUCCUUCACUGUUUUCAGGUCAAUAUCAUAUUCUCUGUGUUAGCUUCGUGAGAGUCUUAGAACAAUGGAUUCCGAGCGCGGGCGUCAGGAGGGUGGUGGCCACCAGCAGUACUCCACCAGUGAGCUUAUGUCCAGCGCCAAGGUGGUGGCCGAGGCGGCUCAGUCAGGCUUCGGCAAGGAAUCCGGCAGCGUGGACAAGGCCAAGGUGGCGGAAGCGGCCGGUGAUCUUCUCGGGGCAGCUCGUCAGUACGGCAAGCUGGACGAGAAGGGCGUGGGGCAGUACGUUGAGAAGGCUGAGGAUUACCUUGAAAAGUACGGCAGCGGCGGCGGCGGAGGCCACCAGUCGGAUAAACCAUCAGAAGAGUCAAAGCCAGAAGGUCAGUCUGAAAGCGGCGGCGCCGGCGGAUUCAUGAAGAUGGCUCAAGGCUUCAUGAAGUGAUCUUAAUAAUUAAAGUUAAUUAUGUGAAGAGUAACGUGAAAGGGUUUUAUAUGUGUAGUGGUGGUGUGAGUGAGAGCCAGAGGCAUAUAACUGGAAACUGGAGGAAGCUUAGCUUCAGUAGUGGUGAUGUGUGCGUCUGAUGCUUGAUCUGUUACGAUCUAUGAUCUUAUGAGUCCAUUAAAUAAGUGCGUAUUGUUGUUUGUAUUUUGUAUCUGUUCUCCUGAACUAUAUAUCUAGAUAUAAUAUUUGGAUAUUUGGAUUACUGAGUCUGACAUAACUGAAAUACCGAUAUAUGAGGUUGA